UAUUCAAACUUCAGAAAACAAUAAUAUCAGCUACUCACACAGAAUACAGUUGUUUGGGAUCUAAUUAUUUACGGUCCGUACUUCUUGAUCUUAAUUAUGGCGAGUGCGAUGCUUAUGAACUACUUGAAUGGCGCCAAAGUCCUCAUGAAACAAGUUUUUUCCAAACACAAUUCUCUUGAAGGUAAAUUGGUGUCCUUGAAACACUGUAAUUUUUUCCAGCCUUAACUGUAUGCAAAGAUAAACACAUUUUUAAAAAGAUUCAGGUUACUAAAAUAAAACAACAACAAAAAAAGCGGAGAAAAGGCUACGUGUAAAUAUCAUAUCAUUCGAGAUAUCAACCAUUAUACAUGCACAUGGUGUUCUUUAAAUUCAUUCACCAUCUGCUUUGAUAUUUACAUCGUUAUCAUCCUCAAUAUUAUCACCACCUUGUCUUCCCUUAUUUUUCUUCGGUAAAGUUAAAGCUCCAUACUAUUGUAAAACAAAUCUGUUUUCCCAAUGGAAAUGUACUGUUUUUGUCAUUGUUUUCUCUGUUCAAGAACUGAAUGCAUAAUGUAGGAUGGGGCUGUGCAGAAAUUUUACCUUUUAGUCUUUAUGUUUCAUUUGUAUUUCACACAGUAUUUACUAUUAUAAUAAUAACACUUCUUACAUAAUAUACAAUCACGUGACUUACUACAUAUUGCAUAGUUGGCUUAUCAUCGUCAUCAGGUGUGUGCACAUUCAUUGCAUGUGUUUCAGUGUAGUAUCUGAUCUGCUACCUGUCAAGAGGGCAAGGCCAGUUCUAACAAGAGGACAUAUCUAUGAACAUUCACAUCAAAUUUUAACCUUUUUUUAGUUAUACCACUGAAAUUACUUCUGCUUAUUUGUGAUUUUGCAAAAUUUUGUGCUAUGGAAAAUUUCUGACUAGCCCUCCUGAGAUUGUUUUGCCAGACAAUGAGUCUUAAGAUUUUUAAGCUAAGACAUUGAGGUUUUUUCAUUGCCAUUACAUCUAUAAACCUAGGCCCUCACCUACCCUUUCCCUUUUCCAAAGCUUGCAUGUUUCUUAAUUUAUGUUUCAUUUAAUAAGAUUUUCUUGUAAACAGUGAUUCCUAAUUUGGAUGGAAGGGUUGCUAUAGUAACUGGAGGGAACAAGGGCAUUGGUCUUGAAACAGUCAGAGGGCUUUGCAAGGCACAGAUGACAGUUAUAAUUGGUAAUGACCUUUUUGGCUUUAUCCAGUAGUUUUGAAGCAUUUAACGUAAUUGAAUGUGUUCAUGCUGUAAUUGUUUUGUAUUAUGAACUUAUAGUUUAUUACCCUUUCACUCCCAAGAUCUCAUUGGUAACACUCCUCACUGUCUGCCGUACAAUUCUUUUCAUGAUGUUUCAGAGAGUUUUGCAGUGGAUCAACUAACAAUCCCCUAAUUGAUACUUUCUUUAUUCACAUCACUUGUCUGAUUGAUUUUGUAUUGAAAAUAUGAGGAGAAAUUCUGUCGUGGUCACUCAUGGAAGUAAUAAAGAUUUUUAAAAAAAUGUCUAGAGGGUAUAAUGGUACUGUUUGUUGCAUGAAAACAAAUAAGCAUUAAUUUUCAAAUUAACUUUAAACAAGAGCUGUUUACUAGUUAGGAGGGUAAAGUUUAACUUUCCUUCAUUUCAAAGGGCUACUGAAAAUAUGCCGCCUGGUAAACUCAUGUAAAAAUGAAGUAUAAUCCUGUAUUUGUAUAAUUCUGUUUUGAACAUGUUAAUUUUUCUUAAGCUUGUAGAGAUACAGCAGAAGCAGAGAAAGCAAUCGAAAAACUAAGGGAGGAGUUGCCUCAAGCUGAAGGUAAACUCUGAGUGCAGAGCUCUGGUUGCAGCAUAAUUAACCCUAACUAUUGCAAGAAAUUAGAAGAUCCACUUUGUCUAACAGGCAUAUUUAUUUUGGAAGGCCUUGAUGUUACAAGUUGCAAUUUUGAGUGCAACAUAACUUGAGAAACAACAAUGUCAUGAAAAUCAAAGUACAUGAAGAUUGUAAAUUAUUUUAAUGGGGUGAAAAUUACACAUCCACCUCUUAAUCAGGAGAAACUUGAAAAUAAAAUAAAACAAUAGAUCGUAAGAGUUGUAAAAUGGCUGGAAAAAUGUGGAGCAAAAGUUAUUCUACAUCUCUCCCCCCGCACAUUCAUCUACUUAGCUAAUGUUAUUUUUUCUUAAUAAAUUAAGACUCAUUUUAGUUCAUGAUAGUUCACUAUCUCCUGAAUGGGAAAUCAUUCUGAUCAUUUGUUGAAAACUUGAAAUAUCGAAAUUAUAUUCUUAAAACCACAUAAAAUGUAAAAUUUGUAUUUCAAUCAGUUUCCAUAUUCCUCCUUCCCAAAUGCAUGGAUCUGAAUAUCUGUCACCCACUAGGGAUGAUUUGAAUCCUUAUUAAUAGACAUGUAUAUAAUGAUUACUUAGCAUUCUGAUGUUGAACUUCAUUGUGUAAAUAGCACCCAGUAUAGUAAAUUUGAUCAGCAUCUUUUUUUAUUAUUCAUCUCUUCAUGCAAAUCAGUGGAAUACAUGGAACUUGAUCUGGCAAGCCUUGCUUCAGUACAGAAGUUUGUAAUGAACUUCAAGAAAAAAGGCCUUCCUCUUCACAUCCUUGUGAACAAUGCAGGACUAAUGAUCCCACCUUACAGCACAACUGAAGAUGGAUUUGAGCUUCAAUUUGGGGUGAACCAUCUUGGACACUUUGCUCUGACCAAUCUGCUCUUAGAUGACUUGAUCAAGUGAGUGUCUAAGCAAAUGAUUGACCCAAAUGAGCCAUUUAACUGUCAGCUCUUCUCAAAUAUAUGAUGCACUGAAUACUACGCACAAUUUGAUUGGUUCUUGUGUAUGAUCUAUUGUAGUUCAGUUGCAUGGACGAUGUUCUUCACAAUUAACAACAUUUGGCUUUUUUAACCCUUUAAACCCUAGGAGUGAUUAGCAGCUAAUUUCUCCCAACAAUAUCACCCCUGAAUCACACAUUAACGUCAUAAGAAUAAAAAAAAUGAUCACCAGGGAAGGAACCUUCUGAUUGGCAAACAAAUUCACCUUGUCAACACCACCUUGGUAAAGCUAUAAAGAACAGUGUGGAGAAUAUUGAUACUGAUGUUAGCGUCUAAAAGGUUAAGAGAUAAUUAAAACAAAUAGAUUCCAUUUUGACGCAGUGCUUUACAAUAAUAGAUAACAGAAGAUGUCAAAAUGUGGGAAGAACAUCAGUGACACACUCAGCUGCACCUCAAGAGCCAUUUUUCUGUUCUCACUAUAUUUUGAAGUCAUCUGUGAUCUACUACAGAACAGAUGCACAGCAAUAAUUUAUGGAAUCUAUUUGUUAAUUGAUUCUUAAUAUCUACUUGCCAAGGCAAUGGUAUGAAAUUUUAACCAGGAGUGAAGUUUUGCUGAGGAUAACUCGCCAACAGUUUUGCUGACGCAUUUGAGGAAAUAAUUAUAUAAGGGGCUAAUUAAAGAAGCCAAAAAGGCCUUUAACCUUUUAAAUCCCAGAAUUGAUAAACAUGUAACUUUUCCCUCUGAUAUCCAUGUAUUGUCCUGCAAACAGGUCAUGAGAAUAAUCAAACUUAUCAGGUAGAGGUUGUUGUCUUGAUCUAACACCAAAUUCUCACAACUAAUUUACAUGGAAUUCUGCAGCAGCCAGAGGGGAGAAUUAACAAUCAGGCCCUGGGAUUGAAAAGGUUAAAAAGUCUUAUGGUCACAUUAGGAACUGCAUGUUGAUCUUGGUUUCCUUAAUUAAUAUUGAUGGAGCAUGCUAGAGUAUUUUCUAUGUAUAAUUUAGAAGCUGCAACAUCAUUUUGCCAUUUUUAAAUUUAGUUGGCACUACUAUUUUUUGAAGGAACCAUUUGAAAUCUCUAGUAACCCAUCCACACUGUAUAUCACAUUUUUCAUCAGGUCUGGUUCACCAGAUAGAUGCUCAAGAGUUGUCACAUUGUCAUCUGAGGCACACAUUCCAGGAAAAAUAAACUUUGAAGAUCUCCAGAGCAAGUAUGUACCUGUAUGUCAUGUUGUCACCUGUAUUCAGAUACAUUGCCCCACUGAUUUAAAGUGAAAUUCAGGAGGCUUGGUAAUACAGUAGACUGCCUUUUGCACUAGUCAGGAAAAGAAACCAUCCUUUGUUUGUGAACAAAGUAAACAGCAAAUCUCAGUUCCCUAUUAAAUAUAUGGAGGUUUAUGAGAGAUGGGGAAGAAUUUAGGGGGAGGGGAGGGGAGGCAGGGGGGAAAAAGGAGCACAAAGUAUGUGCAUGAAGCUGUAGUAGGGCUAGGCAGGGGUUAGGGGCUCAAAAUCAGAUGGUAAAUUACUAACAUUACUUUCUGUUUUUCCCCCACAGAUAUUAUUACUCACCCUAUUCAGGGUAUAGUCAAAGCAAGUUAGCAAAUAUUCUAUUCACUUAUGAACUUCAAAAACGCUUGGAAGAGAGAGAAAGCCCUGUAACAGCUAAUGCAGUGCAUCCAGGAGUAGUCAAUACUGAUUUGUUCCAGCAUAUUCCAUGGAUCAUGAGAAUGCCUCAGAAUGUAUUAGCUUAUUUUCUUUUUAAGGUAAGAUUUCGUUAGAAUAUUGAAAAAAUCUCUCCCUCAGAGGCCUACUUAGGGUCACCAGAUCUUAAUAUUGCCGAUCUGAUCGCAGGUCUGUGCUGCCUACUCAGUUUCAAAACACACAGACUCAAGCAUGGUUAAGACAUAGUACAAGACAAUAGUUAAGACAAUAACUUGCAGGUUUACCAAGCUGUAGUUACCAUUUCUUCCAGACUCCUCAGCAAGGGGCAGAAAACAGUAUUUACGUUGCGUUAUCUCCAGAAUUAGAAAGCAAGGGAGGUAAAUAUUUCGUCAACUGUCAAUCAACACAAUCUUCAGAUGAGUCAUACAGUGAAGAUGUUCAGAGGAGACUUUGGAAAGCGAGCUGUGAGCUUACCGGCAUACCUGAAUGAAACAAUUGACCAUCUAACAAAAUAUUUUUAGAUUAACUGUGCAAAAGGGCAGUUUUCCUUUUUUUUUCCCGAAAAAUAACACAAAAACAUUAUUUUCUUCCAGAUUAAGAUCAAACUAAUGCAAAAUACGUAUAUUUAUGAAUUUUAUCACAUAAAAAAAUAUUAGAGUCAGACAGUUAUUAUUGUGUUAGAGUUGUGUCAGUGGUAGAACACUUGCGGCUGCGGCAGCAAAGAAAUACUACAAGUGAAAAAGCGGGAAAACCAAACGCUAUAGUGAAGCGGUAACACCACUUCAGUUGUUGAAUAUAUGUAACGCUAGCCAGACACAGCUGGUGUUAGAGUGCACUAACACUGGCCAGUCAAGUUUAUCGAAAUCUGAUUGGGACAAGUAAUGA